AUGGGUUUUAUGAAUUUUGUGAUUGUUAAGCGGGAGAAUGAUGACUGGUGGCUGGGCCGCAUCAAGGACAUUGAAGGCAAGAAAUUCCUCGUCGAUUUCAUGUCCGCCUCAGUAGCCGCGGAAUGGAUACAUUCCCGCCAUAUUUGGCCCUACAGGGAAGUCUCACACUUAUUCCGCCAGCCGCAAAAAACUGCGGAUUUCCCAGCUGCCUUACCAGUAGCACAGGUUGCCACCCGUGACAUCGCCCACAGUCCCUACGUGAUUCGUCCUGGCCACCUGCUGUGGGUACCCCACUGCUUUUAUUUUUUUCCACUGCACAAUCGCGUCGACGAAGCCGGUACCGUCCGAUGCAACGUAGUACAUCGCUACCAGAUCAUCUAUCUUCCGCACCCCAAUGAGCCACCUUUCCACGAGAAGUCUUGUGGUCAUUGGGCGCACGUGGCGCCAGUGACUCCAAUCCAUUUGGUGUAUAUACGAGCCGAUAACGAUACCGUAACUUUUAUCUAUUACGAGCGGUACCAGUACACACGCACACACGGAAGCUUAGUUCGAGAAGACAAGGUAUUGCUGCAGGACGGCCUUGAUCGAUUCCGGGAUAUUUAUCUCACCGGGAUUACCAUAGUACACUUACCAACCGAUAGCACACUGCCUGUUCCGCUUGAGACAAGCUGCAUUCACGAUCUUCCAAUCCAUCUUGUGGAAGACAUCUUCCGGCUUCUGGACGUGCUUUCCCAGUUUGCGGCAAGACAGGUCUGUUCAUUCUGGCGCGCGCUUUUGGAUGCUCCCGCUAUUAAGCGAGACGUUAUUGUGGAAGCGCCAAGAAUCCUGUUCGACAUACCCCUGGAUACGAUCCCCGUAGAGGAUGAACGACGCGCCUACAAAUUCGCCGUGCUGUUGGAAAACUCCACCACAAUCCAAACGCGGACUCUCGUCUGCUGUUCCACACUAUGGACAUCCUCGGCAUUGGCACGAAUCAUCGUACACAUGCUGCGCCUUAAGGAAAUUGUAGUGGACGUGCUGGUCAUUAAAGGCGGCGAUAUGGUGCCGCUGUACAUUUCGUUUACCACGGGAACACCGACAAGUUACGAGUGUACAUGUCCCAUUUUAGCGAAGUACCUCCCGGUGUGUCGGCAGCUGAUCGUGGUCGACCUGAAGUUCGAAUGUAUACUACAGGACAAGCAAUCACCGAAUCGGAGUUUUCUCGAUUCACUCUAUGAAAAAAUGGGCAUUCGCUAUUAUUCACGUCAUACAAGCCAUCUGAGUUGGCCAUUGCACAAUUUGACCGUAUCAUGUGGCGUUUCGGGAGGACAGCUGGUUCAAACUAUUUUGCUAGCAAUGGAGAAUGCUUGUUUGCCGGCUAAACAGACAGUUGUGGACAAAUUCACAGCUACUUAUGCACGAAUGGUGCGGGUUUUGAAAUAUCCCAAAGACUGGGAUUUUGUCCGGAUCAUUUUGCAAGUGUACAACGAAUUUCAGCCGGAUGGGUCAGCUGACAAGUGGAGCGGUGUUGAUCCGCGGGAACUGAAGGUUUCCAGUUUCACCAAACUGACAAUUCAUGCUCUCAUUCCAUAUUGA